AUGGCCGCCGAAUUCCCCCGUCACCCUUUUCUCCUCUCGGUCGACGAGGUCGCCCAGGCCGCCGGCACCGAUGUCGACAAAGGGUUGACGUCGGCGCGGGCCGCCGAGCUGCAGCAGCAGUACCCGCGUAAUGAGCUCGACGUGGGCGGGAGUAUUGCGUGGUAUACCAUUUUUAUACGGCAGCUGUGCAAUGCUAUGAUUCUGGUCCUCUUCUUUGCCAUGGCCUUGAGCUUUGGCGUGGCUGACUAUAUCGAGGGCGGUGUCCUGGCUGCUGUGAUCGUGCUCAAUGUGUCGAUUGGGUUCUACCAGGAGUAUGGCGCCGAGAAGAAGAUGGACGCCUUACGUGCGCUGUCCUCGCCUAGUGCGAGUGUGUUGCGCGAUGGCAAGACCAUUGUCAUUCCCAACGCCGAAGUCAUCCCCGGCGACGUCGUCAACCUCAAGAUGGGCGACACCGUCCCCGCCGACAUCCGGCUCUUCGAAGCCAUGAACCUAAACUGCGACGAGUCCUCGCUCACAGGCGAGGCCAUCCCCGUGGAGAAGCAGACCAACAACGACAUCACGAUCCCCGGCACCGACACGCGUGUCACGUCGGAGGACGAGAUCGGCAUCGCCGACCGCAUCAACAUGGCGUAUGCCACGACGAUCGUGCGAAAGGGCCGCGGGCGUGGUAUCGUGGUCGCCACGGGGAUGCAGACUGAAGUCGGCAAGAUUGCCGCGUCGACGAGCAAGAAGCGGCGUAAGGCGGGCCGGUCGAUGAAUUGGAAGAAGUAUGGCAAGACGCAGCCGAUUAAGGGCGCUGUGCGGCGGACGUAUGAUUUCUUUGGCAAGUUCUUGGGGUUGACGGAGGGCACGCCGUUGCAGAUCAAGCUAGCUAAGUUGGCGUACUUGUUGUUUUUUUGUGCGCUGCUGUUGGCGGUGGUUGUGUUUGGUGUCAACAAGUUUGUGCAGCCGUUGCCAAAGGAGGUGGUGAUUUAUGCCAUCUCGACGGGUAUUGCGAUUAUCCCGGAGUCGUUGGUGGCUGUGUUGACGAUUUCUAUGGUCGUGGCUACGACUGUUAUGCGGAAGGCGAAUGUUGUCGUUCGUGAUCUCUCUGCCCUGGAAGCUCUCGGUGGCGUGACCAACAUCUGCUCAGACAAGACCGGCACACUUACUCAGGGUGCCAUGAUCGUCAAGAAAGUCUGGCUUCCCCCGUCUAGCAUCCUCACCGUUUCGGGCUCAACCGACCCCAGCGACCCUUACAAGGGCAAAGUCAGCGAUGAGCCCCAGCAAAGCGACAACAACAACAACAACAGCGACGAAGAAGCCUCUUCCUCCAAGAAGCGCGACUUCGACGAAGAGCGCACAACCCAAGCCAUCCGCUUCGACGGCGUGCCCGACGAGAAACUGCACCCCAAGCGGCCCUCGGCGGAAAUCGCCGCGCCCCUGACGCCCGAGCUGCGCCUGUUCCUGCUCUCGGCGGCCCUGUGCAACCUGGCGACGGUGCGGUACGACGACGGCGAGGGGGCCUGGAAGACAACGGGUGAGCCGACGGAGAUUGCGUUGCAGGUGUUUGCGCACCGGUACGAUCGCAACAAGCGUGCCGUGGAAGCGCUCGGGUGGAAGCAAGUCGCUGAGUUUCCCUUUGACAGCACUAUCAAGCGCAUGUCGGUGGUGUAUGAUGUGCCGGAGGGGAAUGAUGCUGGGCUUGAUGCUGGGAGCGGUGUCAUCUUUACCAAGGGGGCGGUUGAGCGGGUGCUGGAUCUGUGUGCGCAUGUUGGCACGGGCGAGAAUCAGCAGCCGAUGACGGCUGAGAUGAAGGAGAAGAUCCUGGCGCAGAUGACGAACUUUGCUUCUCUCGGUCAGCGUGUCCUUGCUGUGGCGUAUCGUCCGCUCAAGGAGAAGUAUACCCCCUCUGGCCAACAGCAGCUAGGUGACACCAACUCGUCGGCUUCCCCAGACGAGAAGAAUGAUAACAACGACAACCCCCCUGAAGACGCAGCGCGGGCGUCCGUCGAGCAGGACCUCGUCCUCCUGGGACUCGCGGGCAUCUACGAUCCGCCCCGGCGUGAGACCUCGCCGUCCAUCUUCGAGUGCUCCAAGGCCGGCAUCAAGGUGCAUAUGCUGACGGGUGACCACGCGGAGACGGCCAAGGCGAUCGCCAUGGAGGUGGGCAUCCUGCCGCCCAACCUCGGCGUGCUACCCGCCAGCGUGGCCGACACGGUGGUGAUGAAGGCGACGGAUUUCGACCGCAUGGCCGAGUCCGAGAUCGAUGCCCUCGAGGAGCUGCCGCUGGUGAUUGCGCGGUGCGCGCCCGAGACGAAAUCCCGCAUGGUCGAGGCUCUGCGGCGGCGGAACGCGUUCAUGGCCAUGACUGGCGACGGGGUGAACGACGCACCGUCGCUGAGUCGGGCGGACGUGGGCAUCGCCAUGGGCACGGGCAGUGAUGUGGCCAAGUCGGCGGCUAAGAUUGUCCUGACGGACGACAAGUUCAACAGCAUCGUCGCAGCCAUCAAGGAAGGCCGGCGCAUGUUUGAGAACAUCCAGAAGUUCGUGCUGCACCUGCUCAGCAGCAACGUCGGCGAGGUCAUCCUGCUGAUCGCCGGCCUCGGGUUCCAGGACCAGACCGGCUUCUCCGUGUUCCCCAUCUCCCCACUGGAAAUCCUCUGGAUCAACAUGGUCACCUCCUCAUUCCCAGCCUUCGGCCUCGGCCGGGAGAAGGCAAGCGCGCAGGUGAUGCGCAAGCCGCCGCACGACAAACGCCGCGGUGUGUUCACCAACCAAAUCCUGGUCGACAUGAUGGUAUACGGCCUGCUGAUGGGCACAUGCACGCUCAUGACCUUCGUCAUCGUCGUGUACGGGCGGUACGGCGGCGCCCUGGGCCACGACUGCAACCGCGUGUACUCGGACUCAUGCAUCCCCGUGUUCCGCGCGCGCGCCGCCGUGUUCGCCGAACUCACCUGGCUUAUCCUCCUCAGCGCGUGGGAGUUUAAGGAUAUCCGCCGGUCCAUGUUCCGCCUCAACCCGGAGGACCCGUCGCGGUUCCCGCUGUUCAAGGACCUGUACAACAACCGGUUUCUCUUCUGGGCCGUGGCCAUCGGCCUUGUGUCGGUGUUCCCGACGGUCUACAUCCCCUACCUCAACCACGAUGUCUUCAAGCACACGGCCAUCAGCUGGGAGUGGGGUGUCGUGGUGGGCAUGACGGUGGUCUAUGUGCUGGGCAUCGAGGCGUGGAAGUAUGUCAAGCGCCGGUUCCAUCUGCUGGACGACCACAAGGUUGUGCAGGGUAGCUGGUCGCAAGGAGAGGAGGGUGCGCGGAAGUUUUAUAAGAGUGCUGGUUUGGGCCAUCUGAAGCAGUGGUUGAGCGCGGGGAGGUCCAUGAGUAUUGGGCGGUCCGAGUCAAGGUCGAGAGCGCACUCGGCGGGGCCGUUGACGCCGGCGACCACGCAGCAGACUACGCAGCAGGGGGCUUUUCAGCAGGAAAUACCAAAUGGGAGACUGGUGUACCGUAGUAAUAUCAAUUCGACGAAAGUUGCUUCCGUUUGA